AUGUCGAGAUCCUCCCGUGGCCCCCCUCCGUCGGCUUCGUCUGCCGCUCAGAGCGGACGCUCUAACGAGUACUUCGUUCCGAGAGAUGGAAUUGACCGCGAGGUCAUCACCGCCGAUAUUUGCCGCUAUCUCGGCAACGACGCCCUCGUGCGCCCAGGUCACUACGAGAACCCUCAGACCGGACAAGUCUCCCAGGGUUACUACAUCACCGCCUACCGAAACCUAACAACAGCCAUGAUCGACGACUUGAAGGCCGAUUCUGCGCGAUGGGAGGCAGAGAGGCGGCAACAGGCCGCCCGGAACAGUUCAGGAGCAGGGUACCGCCAGUCGGAGACUCACUCCGCACGCCAACACUAUGGUCCCACGGAUUCCACUGGCUACCCGGACGUAGGACGUGAUUCCUAUGAAAGCACCCCUAGAUACCCCGGAUCUCAAGCCCCAGGAUACUCAGGGAACUCUGCCCAGGGCUACUCUGGAUCUGCCCCUUCCUACCAACAGCAGCCUCCUUCUUCUUACUCAAGUGGUGGGUAUCCGUACUCUGGACAGCCGGAUCCAAGAGCCGACCCCAGAUACGCUGGACAAGGUCAAAUGGGACAAGGAUACGGUGAACCCCCGUAUAUUGCCACGGCCGCAAACAUGGCGGCGCGAAGCAACUACCCCGCCGACCCCUACGGCGCAGGACAGCCCUCUCGAACUCCUACAUCGAUGGCACCUCCUCAAGGAGGCCCGGCUUACCCUUCCGGAUCACAGGUUCCGGCAGGAUAUCCCACAGGUUACUACCCGCCUUCGACAUCGGCUUCGUACGGCUCCACGCCGGUGGCUUCUGAUCCGUUGUACGGACGCGGUGCGUAUACGACUUUGUACCCCAACCCAACCUUGUCGACCUAA